AUGACUCUCCAGGCUGACUUUGAUGGUGCUGCAGAAGAUGUAAAAAAAUUAAAAACAAGACCAACUGAUGAAGAAAUGAAGGAACUAUAUGGCUUGUACAAACAGGCUACUGUUGGAGACAUUAAUAUUGAAUGUCCAGGAAUGCUAGAUUUGAAAGGCAAAGCCAAAUGGGAGGCAUGGAACCUGAAAAAAGGUUUAUCAAAGGAGGAUGCCAUGAAUGCCUAUAUCUCUAAAGCAAAAGCAAUGGUAGAAAAAUAUGGGAUCUAGAACACUCAAAAUAAUUCCCACUAAGACUAACUCUUCAGUAGCUAAUGAACUAACUCUGAUGAGAAAAAUGCAGUACUCACUUCUUGUGUAGUCUGACAGUAAAAUCUUGUAAGCAUAAGCUGUUUGACUCCAAAGGGUAUUUACAUACCUAUUUUUAGAUUGUAUCUUAUUCUAAAUAAAUCUGAACCUCAUAAAU